AUGACCCAACCAAAGAACAAGUCUGGAGCCAUCCAGAAGCCUGAGAAGAAGGCUACCAAGAGCCAGCGGAUCAGCAAGCUGGAGAACGCCCUCAAGGAAGUCCAGGCCGACAAGAUCGCCAAGCUUGAGAAUGACCUCAAGGCAGCUCAGGCCGAGAACUCAAAGAUCAACACCAUGCUUGCUUCCAUCCGGGCCAAGCUCGAGUCCCUCCAGAUGCAGAUCGACCGUCACCAGAGUGGCUUCGAGUACCUGGCUGACUCGUCCGAGAAGCUUCGUGACAGUCUUCUAGGUGCCCAACCUCGUCGUCACAUCCACGAUGAGAACUGCGUGCGUAGCCAUCUCAGGGUUCUCGGGGAGGUGGCCCAUUCUCUCCAGAGCGAUGCGGCCAUGCGGGCUGAAUCUGGUGCUGGAGCAAGGGAGGAGUAG